GCUUGGAGUAAUUUUCCUACAAAUAGUGCUUAGUAACUCGGUUCAUCACAGAUAUAUCCAUACACACAUUUUGUCAUUCAAAUAUUUACAUUUAUUGGUGGCCGAAUUUCAAACUUGACACGAAAAUAAUUUAUUGUUCAAAUAUGAUUAAAAACUAAAAAUUUGAUAUUAAUAAAAACAAGUAAUUAAGCAGAUCACAUAAGGCCUGAAUCGCAUUCUAUAUUUUGGCAUCAACAAAUCUGAAUUAAAAUUUUUCUUUCAUCGCAAUUGGUGGUGAAAUGACUCAUUGUAAUCAAAGUUUAAUUCCGCCAACAUGCGCGGCACAAAGUGUUGGUACAGUGAAUCAAAUUUUUGCCACGCUGUUGCAAACCUUUUUAACGGCUCAGUGUAGUAUCUCCUCCUCUGACAAGUGGCCCCGUGACUAUGGAAGAGUGGCUCUUGAGAAAGGUUUGGGUGAAUACGAUUUUAUCGUGGUAGGAGCAGGAACAUCUGGUUCUGUCGUUGCCAGUCGAUUGAGCGAAAUUCCAUUUUGGAAAGUUCUUUUGAUCGAAGCCGGUGGAAAUCCGCCCAUUGAAUCUCAAAUUCCCGGAUUUGUAUUCGAUUUAGUGAAAACGAAAAUAGAUUGGAAGUUCUAUGGCAAUUCGACAUCGGCAUGUAAGCUAGCUGGAGAUAGAGGCUGUUACCUACCUCGUGGAAAAAUGCUCGGUGGAACAUCGUCCAUGAGUCACAUGGUUUAUGAGCGCGGAAUCCCUGAAGAUUUCAACGAAUGGGCAGCCCUUGGCAAACCUGGAUGGGAUUAUGAAAGUGUAUUAGCGUAUUUCAAAAAAUUUGAAGGCAAUCAAAAUCAACCCUUUGUCGCGUACGACAAUGGCCGAUAUCACAAUGCAUUCGGGCCUUUUAAAGUGGAAAGUGUUCCUUUGUUACCAAUUGAAGAUGCCUAUGUAGAUGCAGUCAAAGCUGCUCGAGCUCAGUUCGUUUCCGAUGUGAAUGCUGACAAAUAUCUUGGGUAUACAGUGUCACAGGCGACUUCUUUUAAUGGCACUCGUAGCAGUUCAGCGAGUGCGUUUUUGACUCCGGCCAGACAUCGAAAUAAUUUGCACGUUAUCAAACAUGCAUUUGUUCGCAAGGUUCUCAUAAAUAGAAAUAACGAAGCUUAUGGAGUGGAGUUCACCAUCAAGGGUGGGCAUAAAAUGAAAGCAUAUUCAAGAAAAGAAGUGAUCGUUUCGGCCGGAGUGAUUCAAAGUCCUCCACUGCUGAUGAGAUCAGGAAUUGGACCAAAGCAGCAUUUGGAGAAACGAAAAAUACCAUGUAAGGCCAACUUGGCUGUUGGAGAAAAUUACAUCGAUCAUGUAUUCAUUCCGAUGAUAUUCACCCUGAAUAUUAGUACCACACCUUUGUCGCCAUUGGCCGAUUUAGAUGGUCUUUACCAAUAUUUAGUGCAUAACUCUGGACCACUCGCGGCAAGAUCAAUUUUAUCGGCGUAUUUAAGUACGAAUGGCAGCUCUUCACCAGACAUUCAGUUAUAUAUGGCAGGCUUCCCACGUGGAUAUUCUGAAACAGUACUAACCGAUUUCAUCAAGCUUACUGAUUUCGAAGAUGUAUUGGCCGCAGAUGUCAUCAAAAUGAACAAACAAUACGAUACAUUUGCUGUGCUAGUUACAUUGAUAAAGCCCAAGUCUCGUGGUAUGAUUCGGCUCAAGAAGAAAUGUUCGACUUGUAAGAGACCAGACAUCUACGUAAAUUACUUAACUGAUCCAGAAGACAGAGCAACGGUGAUACGUGCUAUCAAAGGACAACUAGUCUUGGCCAACACUCCAUCACUGCAGAAAAUCAACGCUAAAUUUAUCCCAGUACCGAUUCCGGAGUGCGAUUCACUUGACAAUCAAUCGGAUGCUUAUUUGGAUUGUUACAUCACGUAUGUCAGUUUCAGUGGAACACAUCAAGUGGGCACCAGCAAAAUGGGGGGAUCGACCGAUCCAAAAGCUGUUGUUGAUCCACAAUUGAGAGUUUACAAGACCAAACAAUUGAGACAAAUUGAUGCCGGAGUAAUACCAGUUCCAAUAAGGGGAACACCACAGUGGACUGUGAUGAUGGUGGCUGAAAAAGGAGCCGAUAUUAUCAAGGGCAAUUAUUUAAGACGUGGAAAUGCGAGAACGUAAAUUUGGAGAGAACAUAAAAGCCCUUUCUAAACUUAGUUGAGAUGAUAGAUUCGAUGGCUGAAUAAAUGUUUAGAAAUUUACUACAUAUUUACUACAAAAA